CCAUCUUGUUUAUAUGGUGGGUGUGGGCAUAUUACCAUAUCCUGGUUUCACAAUGUAGCUUACAGGAGUGUUGGCAUUUACUCUAUACUAUAGGCUACAGGAUAAUCACUCUUGGUUCUCUAUUGAGGCUGAACACUGCUGUAGGUUUUACAGGAUGACGGUGGAAGUGGGGACUGUUGCUUGAGCUAUACAGCAUGACAGAGGAGAGUACUCCAGGCUGGCAGGAAAUACUUCAGGAAUCUCUUCUUCCAGUGUAAAGAACUGCCAAAAUACCAAGGAAUUGUCUUCUAAUUGGCUGUUGAGAUGAGACCAAGAGACGUUGUGUAUGCUGUUACUUUCCUCAUCGUCAUCCUCGUUAUGUGGGGAAUCUAUACCAACCCACCCUACAUCCAUCAGAGAGCAAGGGUUAUACAACAACAUAUCUUUGGAGCUCAAAGAGCAACUGUGGUCACUGCUGAAAAACCAUGGAACGAGGAGGUGUGUCCAAACGUUUUGACUGCUGUGCCUGAAAUCUCCCAUCCAAAAUGCAGCCUUUCCAAAAACUGCCCUAUCGACCAUUUUGCAUUUCAAAUCAAGAGUGGAGCAGCGACUGUUGUGGGCCCAAAGAUCUGCUUUGAUGGUAACAUUGUUAUGAGUGGUGUGAUGAACAACGUGGGACCAGGCCUGAACCUAGUGCUGGUGAAUGGUGAAAAUGGGCAGAUCGAAAAAUUUGACUACUUUAACAUGUACUCUGGAGAAACAAAGGCCAUCUUGGACUUCUUGAAGACGAUUAAACCCGGAAUGAUUGUUCUGGUGGCAUCUUUUGAUGAUGCAGCGACAAAGAUGACUGAUGAAAUCAGGAACAUAUUUGCGGGACUGGGAAGCAGCAGUAUCAAGGAUGUCAAAUUCAGAGACAGCUGGGUCUUUGCUGGAGGCGCUGGGACAGAACAGAAAAGCCCCUUUGAGAAGCUGGCUGCCAAUAAUCAGAAGACCAAUAUUUACGGAAACUGGCCAGAGGUGGUGGAAAUAGCCGGCUGCUUCCCCAGGAAGAUCUGACUAGACAUCCCAUACAGAGAUCUCCGAGUAUACUGAUCUCGAAUCAUGUCCAUCUUAUCCAUGUAUUGUUAUUCAUUAUUAUGUCAAAGGCUAAACAGAUCCUGAAUCGGUACUCAUACUAUAUGAGACGUUUUAUAAGUACAGGCCUUGAUAGACUUCCUAUGAAAAUGGUUCCGGACUGGCUUGAUGAUUGACAGAUCAAACAAACCACUGUCAGGAUCACUCAACUUUAAGGAACAACUUCUCUGUUAAGACUGGGCAUUCAUUGUGUGUUUUUUCAUGUCAGAUUAUUAUGGUUACAUCAUUUUUUGCAAAAUAGAGUAGUUUCAAAGUAUGUAAAACAAUAAAAAAAACAUGUGUUUUUAAGAAA